UCUGACUUUAGCCAAUUCUCUGUGCAAAUAAUAAAAAAAAAUAUUUGACAGUCCAUAACAAAGUUCUUUUUAUGCAAAUUUUCAAUAAAAAUAUUUACGAAAAUGCAUUCCUUAAUAAUAUUUCGACGGUGCUCUAGUCACAUAAUGCGAAAUAGCAGUUUUUAUGAAGAAAUGCAAAGGAAUUUUAUCCCUACAUCUACGUUUCAAAAAACUUUGUUAUCAUGGGGAUCAGCUGCUGUAGCACUCUUAGAUCCCUAUCGGGGUGAUAUGAUUGCCUGCAUGGGUGAAGUCACAGGAGAAAGAGCAAUCAAAUACAUGCGACAAAAAAUGCUAGACACGACUGAAGGUGCGGAAAUUCUAAAAGAAAUGCCGCGCAUAAAUUCUCAAACAGUUUCUUUUGAAAAACUGUCACAGAUGCCUAUUAACACUUUAGGACGAGUGUAUGCAGAUUUUAUGAAGGAGAAUAACAUAACUGCGGACUCAAGACUACCAGUCCAGUUCAUUGCUGAUCCUGAACUAGCAUAUGUUAUGCAACGGUAUAGGGAAGUUCAUGAUUUAGUACAUGCUUCCCUAUUUAUGAAGACAAACAUGCUGGGUGAAGUAACUGUAAAAUGGGUAGAAGGCAUUCAAACAAAGUUACCCAUGUGUGUUGGUGGUGGCAUUUGGGGUGCUGCGAGACUACGAACAAAACAUCGGCAAAUGUACUUAAAGUAUUAUUUGCCUUGGGCAAUCAAGACUGGAAACAAUGCAAAGUUCCUGCAAGGUAUUUACUUUGAAAAGCGCUGGGAUCAGGAUAUUGAUGACUUUCAUAAAGAGAUGAAUAUUGAAAAAUUCAUCAAGAAAUAGACUUCUGUGUUCAAUGCUGAAAAUAAUUUGUUAUGAUUGUUAUUUGUUAUUUAUGUGUAUAAAUUAGAAUUAAUAAGACAUAAUAUAACCUUUUCAUAUUAAAAAUUUA